AUUUAAGAUACUCAUUUGACACUUUCCUCAAUUCCUAUAUAUAAAAAGUUGAUAAUAGUCUAGAACUUUUCAAGCUUCCGUCGUCACAGCCAGUCUACGUCGGAAGCUGCACCGGAAUCCACAAAACCCUAAUCGGGAGAGAGCCCGAACAAGGACAUGGGUACUGAAACCAACGCCGAUGUGGAUGCUGGGAUUGAAUGCAGCAGUGUGAAGCGGGCAAGGGAUGAUGGUUGUGAUGCAGAGAGCGGUGACGCCUCAAAGAAGGCGAGGGUCGAGAUGCCUAUCGAAGAGAAAGGGCCCGAAAAUGUGGAAGGAAGCGAAGAUGGGGAAGGAGAGAGGAAAGCUGACGAGAGGUCGGGUCCGGUCACUUUGGGUCCGAAAAGCUUUUGCUCGUCGGCAGAUAUGUUUGAUUACUUCUACAAGCUACUUCAUUUCUGGACCCCUAAUGUUGACAUCAACAAGUAUGAACAUAUGGUGUUGCUAGAACUGCUUAUGAAGGGCCACCCAGAACCCCAGAAGAAAAUAGGCGAAGGAGUUUCUGCAUUUCAAGUUCGAAACCACACUGUAUUUAAAACCCGUUGCUUCUUCAUCUUAAGGUUGGAUGGUUCUGAAGAAGACUUUAGCUUCAGGAAGUGUGUUGAUCAUAUACUUCCCUUGCCAGAGAACAUGCAAGUAAAGCAUAACGCCAAUAAGGCCUUGGGUGGUGAUGGCAAAGGUGGAAGAGGAAGAGGAAGAGGAAGAGGAAGAGGAGGAGGACGAGGAGGAGAUCAGGGUCGAGGCCGUGGCACAUGAAGGUCAAGAGACUAAUUUUAAUGCAUUUACUAUUUUGAAUAUGCAUUUUGGAAGAAAAACAUACACUCCUACUGACUUUUUUCAACUCGGUACUAGUAUAUCCAGAUUUUGUACCUUUUUGAAAUCUCCUGUUCUGGAUUGUAUCUUCUCGGGUAUCUAACCUUAGCAUGCAGCUUCAAACUUUAUACAUACAACCCUUUCCUUCCUAUUUUAGACAUUCAUUCUUCCAUAUCAUAAAGCUCACUUUAGAUUGGUAUUUCCUUAUAUUGUUUUGCUACCUUGAAGCGGUUGAACUUU